AUGUUUAAAAAAAUUCUCUUUUUAAUUUUAAGUUUUGCUAUUUUUUCUUUUGCUUUUGGAGAUAACAGUUUAACCUUUACUCAAACAAAGGUUAAGGAAUGGGAUAACGGGAACCAUGUUCAAUGGGAAGUUGUACUGGUAAACACUGAUCCUUCAAAAAGAUCAAUUACCGAUGCAUUCAUAAUUGGAAAUGAAAAUUUUAAACCAGAAUCUAUAUGGUCCUUAGAAACUACACAAGAUAAUAAAUAUCAUCUCCCAUCAUAUAUAAAUCGAUAUGGUUUAAAAUUUGGAAGUAACCUCACAUUUGGAUUCAUUAACACCAUUAAUUCUCAAGUUACAUUUACAGUAUCAGAUAUUAAAUUUUGA